AUGACGUACAUUGCAUCUCUCAUUCUUAUAACUCUGGCUGUUACUGAGCUCAGCGCUAAACCGAUUCCCUUAAACAAGGAUGAAAAGUUUCAGAAGAAUUCAAAGGAGGAGGAAUUAACAACUGAUGAAGAACAGAAGCGUAAUAUGGAGAACUACAGCAGAUCUAAAAAGAUUUUAUUGGCUACAUCUGCAUCUGUAAUAUUGGUCACAUUCACAUUAAUUUAUUACUGCUUGCUGUGCCCCAUAUUGAAAAAACACAGUGACAAAAUCCUGAAAAACAAAAUGAAAACUAGCAAACGGCAAGAUGAAGACGAGGUGUAG